UCAGACCGUUGUGAAAUAGAGAGAGAGACCAUAGAGAUGUUGUGAGCCAGAGAGCACGAGGUCAGUUAAUUGAAACAGCUAAACCUAAACCCACACAGUUUUGUUAAUUUGACUGAAGACUGACAGAUCUAACGGACAUAUUUAAUGGUUAUUAUAUUCUCUCCCUACUGGACUAUUUUAUUGGAAUAAUAACACUAAAAUACUCCACCACAACUCGGUAUCAUCCCACGGCAAGGCAGUAUCAUCCCAGCGGCAAGGGGGUAUCAUCCCACGGCAAGGCAGUAUCAUCCCAGCGGCAAGGGGGUAUCAUCCCACGGCAAGGCAGUAUAUUCCCAGCGGCAAGGUCGCUGAGAAGAGGGAACACAGUGAUCCAGGACCUUAGAGUCUAUCUGUCUGUGUGUGUGUGUGUGUGUGUGUGUGUGUGUGUGUGUGUGUGUGUGUGUGUGUGUGUGUGUGUGUGUGUGUGUGUGUGUGUGUGUGUGUGUGUGUGUGUGUGUGUGUCUGUCUGAGUCUCUGAGAGUCUGUCUGUCUGUUUGUGUCUGAGUCUCUGAGAGAGUGUCUGUCUGUUUGUGUGUGUGUCUUUGAGUGUGUGUCUUGUUGUUGCUGCAUCUGUGUGAGUGAGGAUGAGGUCAUCAGGACUACUGCUGUGUGUACUGGCUGUAGCGACGGUGUCCUCCUCCCGGUUCCCCCGUGACACGUCAUCUCAGAGCCCCAUUACGGAGGAGACCAACCCCACAAACCUUCUGCUGGACACUCUGAACCCCAACAGCUCCCUCCCUGUUCCCCCUCUCCCUCCCGCCUUCCGACCACGCCCACCAGGCCCCUACCCCCCCAUGUGUAUCAAGCCCACAGAGAUUAAACAAGCCUUUAAGUAUGUGAACACGGUGGUGAGCUGUGUGAUCUUGGUGGUGGGGAUGAUCGGUAACUCCACCUUAUUAAGGAUCAUCUAUAAGAACAAGUGUAUGAGAAACGGACCCAACGUUCUGAUUGGCUCUCUUGCCUUGGGGGAUCUUCUCUACAUCCUCAUCGCUAUCCCCAUCAACGUCUUCAAGCUGAUAGCAGAGGACUGGCCGUUUGGGGUUCAUGUAUGCAAGUUGAUGCCAUUUAUCCAGAAGGCUUCAGUAGGAAUCACUGUCCUCAGCCUGUGUGCCCUGAGCAUCGACAGGUACCAUGCGGUGACAUCAUGGAGUAGGGUGAAGAGGAUAGGGAUCCCUCUGUGGAAGGCUAUGCAGGUCACAUUCAUAUGGCUGGUUGCUGUCCUGCUGGCUGUUCCUGAGGCUGUGGCCUUUGACAUGAUGGAGAUGCCUUACAGAGGCAGCAAGCUACGAGUCUGUCUGUUACACCCCCAACAGAACACUGCUUUUAUGAAGUUCUACCAGGAUGUGAAGGACUGGUGGUUGCUAGGGUUUUAUUUCUGUCUUCCUCUGGCCUGCACCGGCGUCUUCUACACCCUGAUGUCCUGGGAGAUGUUGAGCAGGAAGAAAGGCAUGAGGAUCGCUCUCAACGACCACAUGAAACAGCGUCGCGAGGUGGCUAAGACGGUCUUCUGCUUGGUGGUGAUCUUUGCACUGUGCUGGCUACCGCUCCAUCUCAGCCGCAUCCUGAAGAAAACGAUCUAUGAUCAGAAUGACCCCAACCGUUGUGAACUACUCAGUUUCCUGCUAGUGAUGGAUUAUAUCGGUAUCAACAUGGCGUCUCUCAACUCCUGUAUCAACCCUGUCGCUCUCUACUUCGUCAGCCAGAAGUUCAAAAACUGUUUCAAGUCUUGUCUGUGCUGCUGGUGUACAAGGAGCAGGAAUGUGAUUCCAGAGAGAGAUGGUGUCCGCUGGAAGGGAAGCUGUCAUGGCAACGAACUCGACAGAACAAGCUCUCGUUCCAGUCAGAAAUACACCUCCACCUAAACACACACACACACACACACACACACACACACACACACACACACACACACACACACACACACACACACACAGGUACAUUCAUGCAUGAACAAACACUAGCCCUUCCCUCCUGUCCAGUCCAGCUAAACCCAACCUAACCCAGCCCCAUCCCCCCUCCUUCUAAACCCAACCCAACCCAACCUAACCCCGCCCCAUCCCCUCUCCUUCUAAACCCAACCUAACCCAGUCCCAUCCCUCUCCUUCUAAACCCAACCUAACCCAGCCCCAUCCCCUCUCCUUCUAAACCCAACCUAACCCAGUCCCAUCCCCUCUCCUUCUAAACCCAACCCCGCCCCAUCCCCUCUCCUUCUAAACCCAACCUAACCCCGCCCCAUCCCCUCUCCUUCUAAACCCAACCUAACCCAGCCCCAUCCCCUCUCCUUCUAAACCCAACCUAACCCCGCCCCAUCCCCUCUCCUUCUAAACCCAACCUAACCCAGCCCCAUCCCAUCCCCUCUCCUUCUAAACCCAACCUAACCCAGCCCCAUCCCCUCUCCUUCUAAACCCAACAUAACCCAGUCCCAUCCCUCUCCUUCUAAACCCAACAUAACCCAGCCCCAUCCCCUCUCCUUCUAAACCCAACUGAACCAGCCCCAUCCCCUCUCCUUCUAAACCCAACGUGAACCAGUCCCAUCCCCUCUCCUUCUAAACCCAACCUAACCCAGUCCCAUCCCCCUCCUUCUAAACCCAACCUAACCCAGUCCCA